AUGGAUCGCUUUCGAAAUAUCACCGGUGAAUAUGAUGACUCGGCCAUCAUGGAGACUCCUGAAGAUCAGGCAUCUGCCGGUUUACCAGGCAGCCAGGGCCGGUCGCCCUUGACAAAAACACGGUCUAUGUCGGACGGAGGAGGAACGCCCUCUCGACUAUCUCCCUCACCACGCAUCGUUGAAGCGUCUCGCCGAACAUCGAAAGACGACACCAGUAUACCGACUCCUCAGCCAGUGACGCCCCGACGUCCCAAUAUCUCAAGUCGCGGGUUUCCUAUGCAAAUGCCUCCCCGAGAAUUUACACCCCCGGCCGCGAACUCCUACGUCCAGCCCGCACCUUUAUCACCUAAACUCGACCACUCGCAGAUAUACGCAUCUCCUACGAAUAUACUCCCUCGCCGCUCUCGCGGACUCGACUUCUCCCGCGCCGCUACCAGCCUACAUCACUCGACACUCGCCGAACAGUCGUCCCCCGAUUCAUCACCCACCGCUGGUGGACGGGCGAUGAAUAUACCGAGCCGAAGAAGUCAUUAUGCAGGGCCGGAACAAACUUCGACGUCUUUGUGGUCCGUCAUGGGCAACCAGGAGAAGACGCACAUCAGCAGCUCGCUUGGUAGCCAAGCGAUUGGCUCUGAUUCGUCCAGCAGCUCCGAUGACGAUGAGCUGAUGGACGAGGAUAUGGACGAGUCCUACGUAACGACUCCGCAGGUGAAUAAGAUUGGUCCAGUUCUUGGACCUCAAGGGUCUGGUGGGACUUUUGGAUCCCCUGCAAUGAGCAGCCUCAUGAGCUUCCAGCAACGGCAGAGACCCCGCAGGCAAGCCAAGAAGAAGGCCCGUGGGCCUUUGGGACUGGGAUUUAGCGGUGCAUCUCUAUCCAAGUCACCACCAACUAAUAAUUCACGAGCCCGUCGCGAAAGCAUCAGCUGGCAGGCGAACCAAUUGCACAUCUCUGGUGCAGAUUCCGAUGAGGCACGAGCAAUGGCUGAUGUUGAUGGGACCGGAGAAGGUCAGCACAAUGUCAUUCGGCGGGUCGUUACACGGCGGGGAAAUCUUUUGCCCAAGACAAAGACGUUCGCGCGUAUUCGUGCUGCGCUCAUGGAAGAAAGCACCCCAGCCGAAUCCGAAUUCCGACGAGAGUCCGAAGUUGUCAAGCAAGUCCGCGAUUGCGAUAUGGAGCUUGAGCCCAGAAUACCGCAGCCAAGUAUAGAAUCAACACAAACGACAACCGCACCUCCAUCGCCUAGUCUUGUACAGCAAGAAGGUCCAAGCGAUGUUCCCGAAGAUGACAUUAUGGGCGAUGUAGCCAUGGGCCUUUCUAGCAGUUUUAAGCAGCACGCUACCAAGAACUCAAAGGGCAAGACAUUUUGGGAGAAGUUCCCCGAGUCAAGCAGCACUGGCGGUGCCAGAACCACACCGCCUCCUGUUCCCUUUCUUCCAAGAGGAUCAUCCUCAGGUAUCAGCGAGGACGCGGCGAUGGACUCACCGUCAGUUGGUGGAGCUACUGCCCCGCAGAAUGGCGGUAGUCAACCACCGACUGCUGCAGAAAUUACUCGAAGAAUUAACACCAAACGUCGCCGCGACGAUGAUUUUGACCCAGUCAGCUUCAAACGCCGAGCUGUCAGUCCUGGUAUGAGCGUGCAUAACUCACCGGUCACACAGAGCCCACUCCAACGCGAUAGUAUGUCAUGGGGUUCUCGCCCCGGCAGUAACGGCGGCGAUAAGGCGGGUAGCAGUGCUCCAAGUGAAGCUGGUAGCACGCCCGGAAAUCCGUCCGGUAGCAGUUCUUCAGCUGGGCGUCUUAACAGCAAAGGCCGAGUUGGUUUCCAGGGAAUGAUUGAUACCCAAGAUUCGAUAAUGAGAAUGUCUAUAGAAUAG